AUGAUUACCGGUACCAUGGAUGUCUGCCUCGGCAUAGGUAUGAUCGACUCUACUUUGGGACCAAUCCCGACUGGUUCAGUGGCCAUGGCGCUAGUAGACAGUCAGAUUCGAUUCUUAGGAGCCAUGUGGGCUGGCUACGGUGUGAUGCUUUGGUGGACAAGCAGCGACUUGGAGACAAGACGGACCCCGUUGGGGCUUCUAGCUGGCAUUAUGUUCGUUGGCGGCCUUGGUCGUCUGGCAUCAGGUCUAAGACACGGCUUUAGUGAAUCCUGGGUUCAAGUCGCCAUGUUAACUGAACUGUUAGGCCCGGUCGCAAUGUAUUCACUGGGCUGCUGA